UUCCCAGUGCAACCAAAGCCUUCUCCUGCCAGCCACUAAGCGACUGCACUGGAGCGUUGCCUUGCUCAAAGGUCCCCAAAGGCCCAUUUUGGACGACAACAAUGCCAGCUUCCUCAUCGCCAUCGACUGGACAAUGAAAAUGUCAGUGGAUGGUCAAAGGACAGGACUACAGUGGAACCCUUCUGAGCAACUGGAAGAUCUCGAUCUCGCUGAUGACCUGCCUCUGAUCUCAGGAACACAUACACACAUCCAACGCAAGGCCACCAGAUCACAUGAACACAGUCAACAGAUAGGCCUCAGGAGAAACGUUGGGAAGACCAAGGUCAUGAGGCUCAACACCAAAACCCACCAACCUAUCACAAUCGAGGAGCAAUCCCUGGAAGAUGUGGUCAAGUUUAUAUAUCUGGGAAGCAACAUCAGCACAGGUGGAGGAGCUGAUAAAGAUGUUGAGUUGUGCAUCAGCAAAGCAAGACAUGCCUUUAAAACACACCGACCUGUAUGGCUCUCUUCCCAGCUCUCUAGAAACACCAAAAUCAGAAUCUUCAAUACAAAUGUAAAAUCUGUCCUUCUAUAUGGCUGUGAAACCUGGAAAACCACCAAAUCAAUAAUCCAUAAACUACAAGUGUUCAUAAGCAACUGUCUAAGAUACAUACUGAGGAUUUGGUGGCCCAACAAGAUAUCAAAUGUAGACCUGUGGAGACGCAUGAACAAGGAGCAAAUCCACAUUGAAAUCAAAUCCAGAAAGUGGGGAUGGCUCGGUCACACACUUAGGAGGGAUCCGAGGAACAUAGCAAGACAAGCUCUGGACUAUAAUCCCCAAGGCAAGAGGAAGCCACGGAGACCUAAAUCCAACUGGAGGCGGUCCACGCUUGAUGAACUAUCCUAGACGGGGACCUCCUGGCAAGAAGUCAAGACCUUG